GUCACGUGCUCUAUGUACAUGUAUAGUUUAUCGCUGCUUGACAAUAGUGGAAUGCAUGUACGUGCAAUUUGAGAGUAUACCCUUACGGUUUAUAACACGACCAUCAAGAAACAUCCAGCUAAGAAAUGUCGGAAAACUCGUUCAAGACAUGGAUGGCCGAUUUACCGCAAGAGACAACCCGCGUUCCGCUCUGUUCAUUGGCAAUACCAGGUUCCCACGAUUCUGGAGCCUACUGGCUGGACCGAGCCGGGGGAAUCGCAGAAGACGAACCCUCAAUAAUCCGGACCCUCGCCAACAGCUGCUGCUGUGGCAUCUCCGUGGUCUACCAGUGGGCGCUGACCCAAAAUCUAUCGGUCAAAUGUCAACUGGAGCACGGGGUCCGCUACCUUGACCUCCGACUGUGUGGACGACCCGGAAGUCCCGAUGUUCACGUGGCCCACGGACUUUACGGUCACAGACUACACGAUAUAUUGUUGGAAAUUAAGGAAUUCCUGGACGAGAACCAGAAAGAGUUCGUCAUUCUGGACUUUAAUCAUUUCCACAACAUGACUUCGGUUGAUCAUAGAGAAGUUUUAAUCCUCAUCAUAAAAAUAUUUGGUGUUCAAAUUCUCGGCGGAGAUACUCCAAUGUCAGCAUGGAGUAUAACAUUAGACAAUCUCUGGAAGACUCCAGCCAGACUAAUGGUGUUCUACGGUCACCCGGCCAGAAAUGAGUUCUCCUUCUUUUGGUCAGAGGAGUAUCUGCAAUCGCCAUGGGCCAACACAACUAGUUCAUCGGCCCUUGUUCGUUUUCAUGAAAACAAUUAUUACCAGAGUGUGAGGCGGGGGGAGGGAGAGUUUUACGUGUGGCAGGGGGUCCUCACCCCCUCGACCGGCACUGUUAUAGGUAACCUGUGCUCCUCCCUAGAGAGAAAGCUUGUUCCCCGGGCCACCUCAGCCUUUUUGAAGUGGAUUAAAGACAAAGUGCCGAGUCGCGUGGGAAUCAACAUUUGCUGUGCGGAUUUUGUGGAAAAGUACAAUUUUAUACCCAGUAUUCUUUCAUUAAACAAAAACAUACAAACUUAAUUUAAAUCGAACAUCUCCUCUUACGCAUAUAUUCAGUGUUCUUGCAUCAACUUUUGGAUGUACAAGAUUUGCAAGAAUGAACUUCAACGGCAGACUUAAAUGCAGCUAUACCCAACGACCUCUAAAUCCUUGUAUUCCAUUUCCCUGCGAUCUCAAUUUUCAUCAAUUUUGAAAUGUUCAAGCAAUUAUGUUCUAGGAGUUUUUCAAAUUAAAGUUUGUGGUACAAAUAUA